AUGGUCAGAGAGACCGAUGCCCUCGGCGUUGACCCGAGCGCGAGCGAAGCGGAGCUGAAGAAGGCUUACCGCAAGCAAGCUCUGGCCAAGCACCCGGACAAGGGUGGUGAUCCCGAGGAGUUCAAGGAGUUGACACACGCCUACGAGAUUCUGUCAGACUCCAACAAGCGGGCGGUGUAUGAUCAGGCUGGAAAAGCUGGUCUGGAAGGAGGUGGAGGGAUGGGUGGCGGUGGCAUGGACCCGCACGACCUUUUCAGCCAGCUCUUUGGCGGAGGUGGAGGAUUCUUUGGUGGUGGUGGAGGUGGCGGAGGCCGGAGCCGAGGACCUCAAAAAGGCAAAGACUUGGUCCACCGAAUCGCCGUCAGCCUGGAAGAUCUCUACAAGGGCAAGGUCCAAAAGCUCGCUCUCUCCAAAUCGGUCAUCUGCAAGCCCUGCGAAGGCCGCGGCGGCAAAAAGGGCGCCGUCACCACCUGUACCUCGUGCCGCGGGCAGGGUGUCAAGGUGAUGCUCCGUCAAAUCGGUCCGAUGGUCCAGCAAAUCCAGCAGCCGUGUAACGAGUGCGAGGGCAGCGGGCAGAUGAUGAACCCCAAAGACCGGUGCAAGACGUGUAACGGCAAAAAGAUCAACAGCGAGCGCAAGGUCCUCGAGGUGCAUAUCGACAAGGGGAUGAAGUCGGGGCAGCAGAUCCGGUUUGCGGGCGAGAGCGACCAGAGUCCGGGGGUCGAGCCGGGAGAUGUGGUGAUUGUGUUGGAGGAGAAGGAGCACGCGCGAUUCCAGCGGAAAGGGGAUGAUUUGUUCUGCGAGGCAGAGGUGGAUCUGUUGACUGCUAUUGGAGGGGGAGAGUUCUUGAUUCAGCAUCUGGACGAGAGGAUGUUGCACGUCACGAUCGUUCCUGGAGAGGUCAUCAAGCCGAACGCAAUGAGGGUCAUCUCGCACCAGGGUAUGCCCUCUUUCCGGCACCACGAGAUGGGCGAUCUCUACGUCCGCAUCACCGUCAACUUCCCCCAGUCCAUCGACCCCGCCGUUAUCCCCAUGCUCGAAAAGGCGCUCCCGGCACGUAAGAAGGUCGCCAACAUUCCCAAGAAGACGCACGUCGACGAAGUCACGCUCGAGGAGCCCAACGAUAGGCAGAGGCGCCAGGCGCAGAAUGGAGAUGAGAUGGAUGAGGAUGAUGAUGAGCGGGGCGGAGCGGGUGUGCAGUGUGCCCAGCGCCAGAGCUGA